GCAUGGCGGACGUGGUGGAGUUUCGGGUGCCUGUGGCCGGCGCUCAGACGCUGCUGGUCUGGGGGCUGGAGCCGGAGCCGGGCCUGGAGCACUCCCUGUUUGUAGCGUUCUCCAGGUUUGGGCCGCUCUACUCCGUGCGAGCACACAGCAAUGCUGCCGUGGCAGGGCCUGGCUGUUAUGCCAUCAUCAAGUUCUACUCAGCUGGAGAUGCCAGCAGAGCCCAGCGCACAUGCAACGGGCAAAGGCUGUUUCAGAAGUCUCCAGUGAAGGUUUGUGUUUGCACCAAGCAGAAAGGAUUUGAGCAACAAGUCCUUGCUCUCAACAGCACCAAGUGCCAGGAGCUGGCCAACCACUACCUUGGCUUUAACGGCUGGUCCAGUCACAUCAUCAGCCUGCAGAACGUGUCUGGCUUUGAGGAUGAGAACGAGGAGGUGGGGAAGGCGCCCCAGCAGCGAUGUGUGACAUACCUGUGUGCCGUGGAGCUGGUGCUGCCCCAGCACGGGCUACGCUCCCUGGGGGCUGCCCUGGGCCAGGCACACCUCCAGAAGCCUGAGGAUCCUCUGGAGAUGAUCACCACCUCAAGAAAAGCUCAGAAACUGGCAGCUGGGAAAGCUCUGUCCAGUGCCUUUCAGAAAAUACUCCUCAUAGUCUUAGAGAAUGGGAAAGUGGCUGUGGAGUACAAUUCCUCCCAGGAGGAGCCCAUGGACUCCUUAACAGAAGAGGAACUGAAGGGGCUUGUUCAGGUCAACGAAUUGUCCUUGCAGGAGUUUGAGCUCGAAGAAGAAGAAGUUUUGUCUGCUCUCAGUUUGGAUGAGGAGCUCCCUGGCUGGGAGCUGCCAUCUAAUUAGUGCAGCUCUGCCUUCCCCUGGUUUCCCAAAGCUCUGCAGGGUUGGGGUAGGACUGAAAGCCGAAGGCUGUGCAAUGACGUGUGUGUCACAGCCAUUGGUGCCUUUCUCUCCAAGCAGCAGAAGAAAUGGGCAAUAA